AUGAAGCUCACCGAGACAAUCGUCGCUGCCGUCUUCGGCUUGGCGGCCGUUGUCAACGGCCACAUGCAGAUGAAAAGCCCUCUUCCCUUUCGCUCAAAGUUCAACACCGCUCUCACUGCCAACGACAUGGACUUCUCCAUGACCUCGCCUCUCGAUAAGCAUGGAAUCGAUUUCCCCUGCAAGGGCUACCACAACCUUCUCGGCACUCCUCUGGGUGCGUCUGCGGCCACUUGGGCCCCUGGUGGCUCCUACAGCUUCACCAUUACCGGCGAGGCCGACCAUAAUGGGGGCAGUUGCCAGGCGUCACUCUCAUACGACAAGGGCCAGACCUUCAAAGUCAUUAAGUCGUACAUAGGCGGAUGUCCGCCUGCUAAGGGCGAUUCCAGCUACCAAUUCACCGUGCCCACUGAUGCCCCUGCUGGUGAGGCCUUGUUCGCCUGGACUUGGUUCAACCGGGUUGGUAACCGCGAGAUGUACAUGAACUGCGCUGCUGUCACCAUCGGCGCUGGCAAGAAACGCGAUGCUUCUACCCCGUUUUCCAGUCGCCCUGACAUAUUCGUUGCCAACGUCGCCAACGGCGUCUGCACCUACGAGGGAAAGGAUGUCCAGCUCCCGAAUCCAGGCCCAGAUGUCGACUACAAAAGCCUAGGCACCGUACCUCCUGGACCACCUCCUGGACAGGACGAAAUCGCUUCCCCUGCACCAGCUCCAGUGGUUGCUCCAGUUGUUGCUCCGUCUCAAGCUACUCAGCCUGCGGAGACGUAUCCUUCUGCUUCCAAGAUUCCGGGCGGUGUUUUCAUCACCUCGCCCGUGGGACAGCCAGCAGGACAGCCAACAGCAAAGCCGACUGGUCCCGUCAACCUCACGAGCAAGCCCCCGGCCGUCACUUCAUCUCAGCCGAAGCCCUCUCCUCCCCCUGCAGUUGCAACUUCUGCCGCUGCUUCGGCUCCCGCCGCUCCUCAGCCAACCAAACCAGCCAGCGGUGGUUCCAGCCCGUCCAACGGCGCGGUCACCGCGGGAGCAGCUUGCUCCGGCGAGGGCCAGUGGAGCUGCGCAUCUGAUGGAAAGUCGUUCCAGCGAUGUGCCUCUGGAAUGUGGUCUGCCUCUAUGCCCGUGGCGCCGGGAACUUCGUGCCAGCCUGGAACAAGCGACAAUCUCACCUUGGUGAACAAG